AUGGUGGAAGAAGGAUGGAGUACAGAUAUGAUAGAUGGGGUACAGGGAGACAAAGAGAGGAGGGAGACAACCAAAUACUGGAUAGAGAUACGGUUUGGAAUUCAAUUCACCAGGACGUUCAAUGUUACGGACAGUGAAGGCUAUAACUGGAUUUACAAAACCGCCAUAUUUGUCCGCUCAUUUUUCGAAAUCUUUCGGAUCCUGUCUAAUAUCUUCUACAGCAUCACAUUUGUUUUGGGAAUUACAGGGAACGGCUUAGUUAUCUGGAUUGCUGGAUACAAGAUGAAGAAAGCCAGCGCUGUAUGGUUCCUCCAUCUGGCCAUAGCUGAUUUCAUAUGUUGUGCAUCUCUUCCUUUUAAAUUUGGAGAAUGGGCUUUGUAUAUAGAUAAUUAUGUUUUCAACACAUUAUGCAAAAUCAGUACCGGUGUACUGUAUAUUACCAUGUGUGCUAGUGUCAAUUUUCUGUCCGCCAUGAGUAUUGAUCGCUGUGCAUCGAUAAUGUGGCCGCUUUGGUCUAAGAUUCAUAGAACACCAAACCGUGUCCGCACAAUUUCGGUACAAAUUUGGGUUUUGAGUCUAAUGUUAAGUGUUCCUCAUGUGGCAUUAAAUGUUGCCUAUAUUGAUAUUUCUGAGUGUAUAGGAAAAUGUGCUUUAACAACAGCUCAUGGAAAGAUGAUGAAAAUCAUCAGAUUUGUCACAAUGUUUUUGCUUCCUUUCACCAUUAUUCUGUUGUGUUAUGGUGUCAUCCUUUCUAAACUUAAAAAUGUUAAAAGACCAAAAAAAUCUCAGCGAUCGUACAGGAUUAUCAUUGCAGUUCUGACGUGUUUCUUUAUCUGCUGGUUUCCAUAUUACACUUGGCCAUUAGUACCAACAAAUUACAUACCAUUGCACAUAGAUAAUACAAUAAAUAUUAUGUGUGUCUGUAUGGCUUAUUUCAACAGUUGCAUUAAUCCCAUCCUCUAUGUCUUCAUAGGCCAGGACUUUAAAGAGUCUUUUAUAAAAUCAAUACCUUCCAGGCUGGAAAGUGCUCUAAAUAAGAUCUCUACUUAA